AUGACAAGCACGCUUUUCAAAAUCCAACAUGAUGCAAUCAUAUGUCAACUGCAUCAUAAAUCAAACGCGACCAUCAACGUUGUCUGCGAGACCAGCGAUGAAAUAGCGAUGCCAAUGUUCGAUAAUUGCCAACAAACUUGGGUUGUUCCAAACGACGUCGUUGGGCUCGACUCGAAAAAGCCCAAAAUGCUCAAAAUCCGCUUUCAUCCCGAUGUUGUCGAGCUCGCCGCCUCGAAUGCCGAUAUUCAUUCGGCGGCGUGCGCGAGCUCGCUUCAAUAUCUCGACGUCCUUUUGGAAGACAGCGAAUGGACGCGUCGCGCCGAAUUCGACACCGUCGGCGUUCAACUCGACCGUUUAUCGCAGCUUUUCACCAAUUUGGACAUUUAUGUCGAUUUCAAACCAAACCAUCUUGAGAUCACUUGGAUACCCGGCGAGGACCACGACGAGCUCGUCAAACUGCUAACCAGCAAAUCCGUGCGGGCGAGCUUGUUGCAGCGAGUCGUCGUCGAUGGUCCGACGACGUCCGUAUUCAUGUCGUUCGAGAAGGACGCCAACCAUCGUCGCAAUCUUUUAGAAAUCACCAUCAAUAACACGGGAAUCAUCGAUGAUCGCGCGACGCCAACGCAAUGCGAGAUCGACACGACCGCCACAUGUGUGACGUGGCGAAUUCCGGAGCGCGACGACGGCGACGAAUUCAAAAAAUCGCCGCCGCGUUGGUCGUCGCUUCUUGACUGUACACUUCAUGUAAAUAAUCAGCACCGAAAACCAUUGCAAUUCAUUUCGCCGUAUUCCACCAUCGCCAAUUUGUACGAGCGACUCUGCGCCACUCUUCACACAUCGGCAUCGAGCCCAAUACCAACCGGCUCAUUGUCAAAAGUUUCGGCCAAUAUCGAGGAUCACGCCAUUAUUGCUUUAGAUAAGAACGAGGCUCCACAAUUGACCAAGCUCAUCUACAUGAUAACGAGCACUCCGCUAGUGAUCAACACCGACAUCGAGAUCGCCACCGAGACCGAGCUGACAUGGUCGCCAACGGAUUCCAUCGAUUCCGGCGUCUCGCUAUCGCCGACACUAUCGUUGGACGAGCCAUUUUUGCCGAUGCCGCGCGGUCGAUCGGCUAGCGAGUGCGCGCCGCCGAGUGCCGCCGGCAAUCAUCACACAAGCACAAAACUGAAAGGCAUAUUGAAGUAUCCGAUGAGAUUCGGCCGAUUCUCGAGAUCGGUAUCGGAAUGUCAUCACGACGACGUCGCCUACCACAUAUCGCCGUAUUUCGCGAUCGAUUCGCAUUUUUCGGAGGAUGAGGAGGAUUCGGACGCGUUUCACGAGAGUUGCGCCGAGACGACGACGCCGCCGCCGCAGCGACGCAAGAAGUGCGUCUCGUUCAGCGAGCGAAUCGAGAAACGCGUCUUCCAUUCGAAUACGAGCAUCGACGCGCAGAAGCGCAAAAAUCAGAAGAAGAAUGAGAAACGCAAGCGAAGAGAUGCCGCGCAUUAUGGUAGCGCUGAUGAUGCCACUUUUGAAGAGGUUCGAUCUUACACCGAUGGCGUUAGCGAUGAUGUCCGAGCGAUUUCGUUGGCUUUGCAACACCCAAAAGCUGAGGUUUUGGCGAUCACCACAGUUCACGGUUGUGUUCCGGUAGAUCAAGCAUGCGCCAACGUCAAGAGGACACUUCGAGCGAAUGGAUUUGAAGGAAAAAUUCCAGUGUAUCGCGGAAGUGCGAAAUCGAUUCUGAAUUUGUCGAAAGACUCGACGGUUUCCGAUUUUUUCGGUGUUGACGGAAUCGGCGACGAGCCGAAAUCGUUUCCGGAAGUCGUCGCCGAUGAUUUUGUGGCUGACGAGAAGCUGGCGCCGUUGGCGUUGUUGGAGAUUUUCGAGAAGAAUCCCGACGCCACGUUGGUAACAAUCGGCCCGCUGACAAAUGUCGCCGUAGCUCUUCAACUCUCUGAAGCGUUUGCGAGCGCGCCGGCGAGAAUGGUAAUAAUGGGCGGCAAUUAUUACGGUGUCGGAAAUGUUGCUGACGGCUCGACGGCCGAGUACAACUUUCACGGUGAUCCCGAAGCUGCCAGUAUUGUGCUGCGUCGAAUGAAAUGCCCGAUCACAGUGGUCCCAUGGGAGGCGUUCUUUUUUGAAUCGCAUUUGCACGAGAAUGCCGUCGAUUUUCAUGCGCAUCUCUCCUAUGACACCCCGUUGGCGAAAUAUUUGAAAAUGGCGACCAGUGUUGGACGCAAAAAAUUGGAAGCAAACGGUCGCCAAUAUGCAUAUUGCGACGAAAUCGCCAUGGCGGUCGCGAUUGACGAGGAAAAAAUAACAAAAGAAUCCAAAAAUUUGCAUGUUGAUGUGGAACUCGCCGGUUAUCAAACAAGAGGCCAAGUUGUUGUCGACUGGAUGAAUGAAUUAUGGAUGAACGAGUCGAGAAAUGAAGGCAAUCGUCCAAUCAAAUUCAUCACGUCGUACAACGUGGAAAUCGUUGACAAAUGGAUUCACGCAGCGGCAUCAGGAAGCGGCAAAUUCGACUAA